AUGGUGUCUGUUAGAGGUACAGUGACUACGUCUGAACCACCUAAUCCAGCCAAGUUGAUUCAACUUGAGCGCGAUAGGGCUACUUUUGACCCAGAGCUAAUGAAUUACUUUUUGGAAGGAUCUAAAGAAUUUUCCGAGGAGGCUAAAGAAUUCAUGCAAAGAAUGGAAAGGGAUCCGAUUAUGUCGGCUAAUCCAAAUUAUUAUGAUUUAACUAAAGAGCAGCAAAGAGAGUUAACUGCUCUCAAAAUCAACAGAUUGUCUAGAUACAUUGAGAUCGAGACAUUUGAUAAGUUUGAGAGAAGUAUGUCAUUGAUCUCUGUUUUCGAUCCUCAGCUCCAUACGAGGAUUGGGGUCCAUUUGGGGCUUUUCCUUGGUUGUAUUAGGGGUAAUGGAACAUUGGAGCAGCUCAGCUUCUGGGCCUUGAAAAAGGAGACGGCUUUUAUUAAAAACAUUUACGGAUGUUUUGCGAUGACUGAAAUAGCCCAUGGUUCCAAUGUUGCAGGGUUAGAAACAACGGCUACUUUCGAUCAGCAAGAAGACCAAUUCGUUAUAAAUACGCCUCAUAUCGGAGCCACCAAGUGGUGGAUCGGUGGAGCUGCCCACUCUGCUACACACGCAACAGUUUACGCCAGAUUGAUUGUUUCUGGAAAAGAUUAUGGUGUCAAGACCUUUGUGGUCGCCUUAAGAGAUAGCAACCACGAUUUGAUGCCAGGUGUGAGUAUUGGUGAUAUUGGUGCAAAGAUGGGUAGAGAUGGUAUCGAUAAUGGAUGGAUUCAAUUUAGUAAUGUGAGGAUUCCAAGGUACAAUAUGUUACAAAAGUACUGUAAAGUAUCCGCUGAAGGUGAUGUGAUAGAGCCACCCAACAAUCAAUUGUCUUAUUCUGCGUUGCUCGGUGGUAGAGUCAUUAUGGUUAAAGAUGCAUUCAGAUGGUCUUCAAGGGUUCUUACCAUCGCAUUGAGGUAUGCGGUAGGCAGAAAGCAAUUUAAGUCCUCCAAGGCAGGUGAAAACGAAAGUGAGACACAAUUAAUUGAUUAUCCAUUGCACCAACGUCGUUUGAUCCCGCUAUUGGCGUUGACUUAUGCAUUCUCUAAUGGUGCUAAUGUCUUGGCAGAGCUUUCCUCUACUACUAUGGAUGAAUUGGAUGAUGCGGUCGCUAAUGAGGACAAAGAAGGUGUUGACAGAGGGAUUGAAGCCAUGAAAUCUUUAUUUGUUGCAUCUGGCUCCUUGAAAUCUACCUGUACGUGGUUAACCUUAAAUACCAUUGACCAAUGUAGGCAAUCAUGUGGUGGUCAUGGUUAUUCUUCUUACUCAGGAUUUGGUAAGGCCUACAAUGAUUUUGCUGUUCAAUGCACUUGGGAAGGUGAUAAUAACAUAUUGGGUAUGUCUAUUGGUAAACAAUUGGUGAAGAACAUUUCAUCGGUGCUUAAGGAUGGUGUCAAGUCUACUGGUAUACUUGAAUUUUUGUCCGACUCUAAAAAGUACUUGAACAAGGACAUUAUAUUGAAGCCAGAGGAUUUGAAUAAUCCGAGAAAAAUAUUGUUUGCUGUUGAAGUGGCUAUUGUUCGUGCUUCUGACCAAGCUUUAAAGACAUUGGAUGCGCAAGAUCAGGAUUGGGAUUACAUCGGCGCAGAUCUUGUCCAAUUAUCAAAAUUAUUGGCUCAUUUUUUCUUAUUAAAGGCUUUCCUUGACAAGGUCGAUACUAUGAAAGAGAAAGAAUUGGCUAGUGUUUUGGAUAAGUUAGCUCAAUUAUAUUGUGCCACAAUAAUUCUAGAAGGCUUUUCGGGUGUAUUUUUGACGUUUUCUGUUGUUUCUACUGACACAAUAUCGAUUUUAACUGCAGAGCACAUUCCGAAAUUAUGCAAGGAACUUAGGCCACAUGUAAUUCCUUUGACUGAUUCGUUUCAUUUGACUGACAUGAUGAUCAACUCAUCCUUGGGGUCUUACGAUGGCAACAUUUAUGAAAAUUACUUCAAAAUCGUCAAAUCUAUUAACCCUCCAUUCAACUCCAAGGCUCCUUAUUCUUCUUCUCUCCAAGCUAUGUUGAACAGACCCUCUCUUGAUGAAAGACAAAGGGAUGAGCUUUCUGAUGAAACUGCUGAAAUCUUGUCUGGAGAGUAA